AUGAGCGAGAGCUGCCAUCAGCCACUGCCAAUUCUCCGUGUUGAUCAACCACCCGAGAUUGCGAUUUUAAGACCGAACACAAGGAAUUGUCAUAGUGAGAUCUGCCAAAUUGCGAACUUGUCAAAUGAUCUCUCGAAACUCUACCUGAGCGAGAGCUUCAGUGAUGUCAUUUUGAAGGUUGAGGGUGAACGUCUGCCAGCUCACAAAACAAUUCUCGCGGCCAGGAGCGAAUACUUUAGGGCAAUGUUCUUUGGCGGGAUGGCCGAGUCGACUGAUUCUUCAAAAGUGCGAGAAGUCGAGCUAAAAGAUACCACACUCGAGGCCUUCAAGCAUCUUUUAAACUACAUCUAUUCAUCGAAACUGUCGCUAGAGCACAUGAAAGAAGAGCUGGUGAUUGAGGUGCUCGGAUUGGCGAACAAAUACGGCUUUGUUGAUCUCGUUGAAGCGAUCGCUGACCAUUUGAAGUCAAUCAUUUACAACUCGAAUCUCUGCAGUAUUUUCAACAUUUCCCUCCUAUAUGUGCUCACCUCGUUGACUGAUUUCUGCUUGGAGUAUGCGGAUCGGAAUGCCGAAUUGGUGCUGGGAAGUGAGGGUUUUCUCCAACUUUCCGAGAGCGCCGUGCAACAGUUGAUCUCUCGGGACUCGUUUUGCGCAAAAGAGAUCGACAUUUUUCAAGCGGUUAGCGAAUGGAUUAACGCUAAUUCAUCGGAAAGUGGCCAAAAUCUGCUCGACGAGGUCCGAUUGCCGUUGAUCUCUUUGCGAGACCUUUUGGAAUCGAUCCGUCCAACAAACCUACUCUCACCAGAUGCUAUUCUCGACGCAAUUCAAGAACAACAGCAGACUAAACCAGCUCAUUUAAUGCACAGAGCUGUGAUUGUACCAAAUGUGAAUAUUGCUACCACCUCACGAAGAGCCCAAGUGAUCACCGGCGAGUUCAAACACGCACUCCUCAGCGCCGAUGUCAUGCAAUACGAGGGUGAACGAGCGCACACGCAACACCUCAUCACUCAAAAACCCGCCGACAAAGAGCCGGGAAUCGUCAUUGAGCUCGGCAACCCGUACAUGAUCAACAAAAUUGUGAUGUCGUUGUACGAGAGGGACACAAGGUGGUACUCGUAUUUCAUCGAGGUCUCAAUGGACAACGAGGAUUGGCUACGACUUGUCGAUUACCGCGAGUUUCUCUGUCGUGGAAAGCAAAACCUCUAUUUCGAGAGACGCCCAGCUAGGUUUAUCCGAAUUGUGGGCACUAAUUGCACGACGCACAACUAUUUCACGUUGACCGCCUUUGAAGCGCUGUACACAACGGAGAUCAUGACUUUUGAGCCAGAAACGAAGAUUCUAAUACCCGAUGACAAUGUGGCCACGAUAAAAGCUGAUGCAUUGGUCGUCGAUGGAGUGUCGAGGAGUCGGCACGCGUUAAUCAAUGGCGAGACGCUGGGAUAUGAUUGGGAUACAGGUUACACUUGUCACCAAAUCGCUUCCGGUUCAAUUGUCAUUCAACUCCCACAACCGUAUAUCAUCUCCACAAUGCGUUUAUUAUUAUGGGAUUGUGAUUCACGAUCAUAUUCCUAUCAUAUUGAUGUCUCAACGAAUAAGAAAGAUUGGAAGACUGUUGUGGAUAAAACGGGAGAGGCUUGCAGAUCUUGGCAAAAUCUGGAAUUCGAGCCAGUGCCCGUUGUUUUUGUUCGAAUCGUUGGCACACACAACACGGUGAAUGAGGUAUUUCACUGUGUUCAUUUCGAAUGCCCAUCAAUUCCAUUACCCGAGUUGGUCGACGAGGAACAAGAUGCUGCA